AUCAGCUGCCAUCAGUGUGGACAGACUUCUUGCCCUGUUGUUAGGGCUGAGAUACAGACACACUGUAACAUCAAGGCGAGUUUGGGUGGUCCUAGUUUGUUUUUGGUUGAUUAGUGCUCUUCAGGCUACAGGUAGCACAUGUUCAGUUGAAUGUCCCCAACUAGAUACUAUAGCCAAUACGUUAUUCGGUCCUUUAUUAAUGCUUUCCUUGCUAGUCUCAGUAUUCUCUUACGCGAAGAUAUUUAUAACCCUUCGUUAUCGACAAGUUCAGGUUCAUUGCAAUACUCAACAAAAACAGCGGCCAAAUGGAGGAGGGAAUCAACUGAACAUAGCUCGAUACAAGAAGACAGUGCACAGCAUAGCAUGGGUCCAGUUAGCUUUACUUAUUUGCUGUAUUCCAUAUAUCGUAUUACGGUUUUUAAGUCUUUUAGGAAUGCUUGAUAAACUACUCUCGACCGAAAUAUCUAUUCUUUUGGAAUUAUUCGUGACUCUCCUUUAUGUAAAUUCUUCUUUAAACCCAGCACUUUAUUGUUGGAGGAUCAAAGAUGUGAGACAAGAAGUGAAGAACAUCAUCCGCAAGAUUUUCCGCUGCUUUUAA